AUGACUGAUGCUAAAGACGGCGUAUCCCUCUUUGACCUCGCAUCUGGCACCUCAGUCGCUCCAUCAGACACAGCUGACAGCCUCACUCGCUCACAGUGGCUUACCCGUGACGCUGCUACUCGCCUAGCUAUUCGUAAUCACUUGCCGUUAGCCGAACGCACUCACUUUGGCCAGCACAAAACUUCUAAGGCACUGUACACUGCUGUCAUCGCUCGCUACUCUUCCCCAGCCACUGCUACUCUCAGCCGCCUUAUCCUACCCUACCUGUUCCCCGUGCUAUCCUCCUUCGCCACAGCUGAGGACCUCAUCGCUCACCUUCUCACUAGUGAUCUACGCUACCGCGCCGCCCUCCCAGCAGAGUUCUUAGACAAGAACCCUCCCCCGAUGUACAUCACACUCUACUUCGUAGUCACCCGACUCCCUGACUCUCUUCGCGUAGUCAGGGACCACUUUCUAGCCCUCCCCCCCACCGACCUCACAGUCGACGACCUCGAGAAGCACCUCCUUGCAGCUGAGUCCAACAUGGUCGCUGUCGGUGCUGCUCGUGGCACUCCCCGCACUCCCCUCUUUGAGGGCGCCGCAGCGGCAAGAGGAGGGGAGGCAAGGGUGGCAGCGGUGGCAGCAGGGGGGGGUGGUGGUGGAGGCGGAGACGGUGGGGGUGGGGGUGGCGGUGGGGGUGGUGGCGGGAGUGGAGGUUUCGGUGGCGGUGGUGGCGGCAGCGGUGGGCGUAGUGGUGGUGGAGGUGGCGGUGGUGGUAGCGGUGGCGGUGGCGGCGGUGGCGGCGGUGGUGGCGGCAGUGGGAGCGGUGGUACCGGCGGUGGUGGCAGCGGUGGUGGCGGACGUGGUGGAGCUGUUCAGCGGGGAGGUGCUGGUGGUGGCCAGCGCCAGCAGCAGCAGCGUCCGCAUGAGCCCCUCACGCCCCAGCAGCUUCGUGAGUGGUACGCUCAGCGUGGGGCGUCUGGGGGUAGUGCUCGCUGCCCGUAUGUCAUUUGCACUGGGGACCGCGCUGGUCAGACAUGCGGGAAGUUUCACACCCAGCACCGCUGCUUCUCCCGCCUUGACGAUGCUUGGCUCGUUCAGUUUAAGCGCGAUAUUGAUAUCUAUGCUCUUGACUUUGAUGCUAUCCUUGCUGCCAUGUAUGCAUUGACUGUUAGUGCUGAUGGGGACUGUUACUUGUGUAUGCCACCAGACCCAGGUAUAGCGCUCUAG